AGAUUUUAUUUGACUGAAGCAAAGAAGUCUCAAAAACGCCAUUUGACAGGGAAGAACAAAAGCUCAGCGCCUCGCGGUCGCAAAAGGCAACCAGAAUGGCAGCGACAGCGUGGUCGUUAAAUCCAACAGUGACUGUCAAAGUCUACAAGAAUGGUAACCCCAAUUUUCUUGGAAAAACACUUGUUAUCAACCGACGCCACAUACGUAAUAUGGAGGCUCUGUAUGACGAGGUAACGAUGCACAUUUCAGCCUUUAACGCCGUGCGAAAAAUAUGUACACCGAUCGGCGGGCGACCAGUUCAGAGCCUGGAGAAUAUCAAAAAUAAGAGCGUAUACGUGGCUGCAGGGAGGGAGUGUUUUAAAAAGCUAAACUAUGCAGAUCUGGGCAUAAGAAAGCCUCGCCCUCCACGAAAGGCGAACUUUUCCCCCAGGAAAGCCGUCAUCGUGGCCGAAGGAAGGCACAAAAUGGAUUACGAAUGGGCGAAAAGAGACCUAAAGAUCAUCCACGUGUUUUGUAAUGGAGACGUGUUCAAACCGAGCGUCAAGAUUGUUCUUCAAAGACGCCUUCAGCAAAGCAUGGAACAGAUUUUAGGCAUUGUGCAAGAACACGUUUUCCUUGCGGCUGCCAUCGUAUUGUACACAAUAGAAGGCAAGCUGGUUUUCGCUCCCUCCCAGUUGAUCAGUGGACAAAAUUACGUGGCUGUGGAACGAGGGAGGAUGUUUAAACGCGUGAAUUACGGCGUGGCUUCCUCUUUACUUUCUAAAAGUCCGCGAGGGCCUUUCUUGCCUUUGAUCGGCAACGGACAACUAACCAACACAGUAGGACGCUCGUCUCCAAAGAAGAUUUCAAAACGAAAACUGCAGGCCACAAAAACCAACGCACAAAACAAAUCCAUGGAACACUCAAUUGGCAAUCAGUCAAGUGUCACCUCUAUGAUCGUGGAGUCGCCUCGUGAUGUUAUCUCUAACAUGUCCCCAGGCCCUCCACUGGCCACGUCACUGUUACGUGCAUCACAAGACAUCCAAGAUAGUUUCACCAUCUCUGCUUCACCACCUACACAACUUGAGGGCGAUACUCCCGUUCAAGAGUACGUUGCUCUGCCGAUAAAACAAAAUGACAAUGAUGUUAGUUCAGUUGCUGACAGUGUGUUCAAAGCGAGUGGUUUACAACAAGAAAAAGCAGCUGAAAUUAGGGAUAGCCGUCAAACGAAGGAAGAAAAACCAAUAGACCUACUUCCGGCGGAAGAGAUUCUAGAGGAAGUGCUCCAGGAGGUAGAAGACGCAAAGACUUCCAUCGAGAAUUCUCACGUGCCAAACAAGGACGAGACCCACGAUGGAGAAGUUGAAGAUGACGUUGAAGUUAUAGAGGAUGAAUCCAACUUGAUUCAAGUAGCGGACAGAACAACUCAGUCCCAGGCGCAAGCUUGGCAGCAUGAAGAGCAAGAAAUAGGCGCUCACGAUAAUAACUUCGAUAAAAGGAUAAAAAAUUCUCGCCUCUCACCAAAAGAAUAUCGCGAGGAUCCCUCAGCCUCGAUUAAAGAUCGAAAUGAAAAGUCUUCUGUUGACGACAUUCAAAAGCCUGCCAACUCCACGGACAAAGAAGAGGAACAAAACACAUCUCCGGCCUCGGAAACGGAAAAAUCUGAAAAUGAAGAUUCUGAUAAAAGUGAGGAGAAAAAUGAAGAUGAUGAUGAAGGAGAAAAACAAAUUACCAACAAGGAAUCAGAAUCAAGCGAUCCCCGCAAAAUUUCGAAACCAGACAAGAUUUCUAAUGACGUUGAUAAAACCAGCUAUAUUUCUUAGCCAUUGUACCUCUCAGGAAGCAACUUAAUUGCAGCUUCUUAUCACAAAAUUAAAACAUAACUCAACAUCCCGUAUGUGAUGAGAGUGGAUAAAUUUUUCCUCCAAAGCAUCUAUCUCGAUCGAUAUGUCAUCAAAUUUUCUUAACAAAUUGGAAAGGAAAUGGAUGUUAGCAAGAGAUGAGAAUUGCGCAUCUGAUGCUUCAUUUUAUUACAAACUUGAGCUAAUUUCAAAUAACUUAGAACUAGCUGAACCGUUAAUACACGCACAAAUCUUAAGGAGUUGGGCAGCAGUGUUAUGGCGAUUGAAUCACUGACUGUUUUACAAUAUGUUAACAAAACGACCAAUGAGAAGUUAGCGAAACGACCUAAGACGUUAACAAUCUGGUAGUUAGCAAACGACUCAUAGGCGAAACGACCGGCUCCCUUCACAGAGGUUAUUUGCUGUAAACAAGAGUAUCGAUGUCAUUUGAUUUUGUAACUUAAGAGUCGUGAAAUUGAUGAAUUAAUCUAUAUUUAUACUUGUAUUAUACAAAAUGA